UCAUUCUUGUACUCAUAUUUCACAGGAAGCUAAUUAUAAGCUCAAAAGAUGGCCAAGUUUAUCACCUUCUUCAUGUUAACCAUUCUCCUCAGCUCCGCUCUCGUCUUCGCCGGCCGCCCCUACCCUGCAUUCAACCCCCGGAUCACAGGCCAACAACAAAAUAUUGAGGCAAAGAAGGUGGAGGAUGAUCAAUGUGAAGGAGUUGGGAAAGAGGAGUGCUUGAUGAGGAGGACGUUGGUCGCUCAUCUGGAUUAUAUCUACACACAGGAACAAAAGCCAUGAACCACUUAUAUAUAUAUAUAUUUUAUGUUAUUGUAUCAUUCUAUUUGCUAAUCGUUUCACCAACAAGAAAAUGGGUCAAAUUUCUUUCUGGGGAAAGGCCAUGCAAUAUUAAUACGAAGUAAACUGAUUAUCUAUAAA